CGUCACCCCAGAAAAAGCAAUGGCCAGAAACAAGAAUAUUGCGCAAAUCAAGCGACGACAAUGGACUGCUCAGUUUUAUUCAGACCACACCAGCCAGCCUGCAGCUCUGCUAGCCUACAAAGCAACCACACCGGAACCUGAGGCGAUACAUCCAGCCUUCGCAAUCCAGGUCUAUACGACUGUUGCCCUCGAUCAAGAAAAUGAUCUCAUCGCUAUAUGCCGAUACUUAUCCCGUGAGAUCUCCACAUCACCCUGGCCGUCAUUUGAGAUCUAUUGUGCCCCACAAACUGAUGUAUUCGCCUGCGUGGAGCAUCAACGGCGUGAGAUCUUCCACCGCAAGGACAUCUCAUCAUCUCAAGAUGAUGGUUUCUUCCCUGGAAUCGCCAAAGUCGCCCUCAGCAGAGAGGAUCCGGACCUCCAGGGACUUAUAUUAGUUAUUAUGUCCUACAGUUUCCGCGGCCAUCCGCAUUAUGCGGAUCAUGAAGCCGAAACCGGACCUUUGUUCGUCAACUUCGAUCGCUGUUUCCCGUACCAGGCUCGCGUUAACCUGCCAUCACCCAACCGUGAUGACGACGAGGGAUGUGAGGAGGAAAUUUGGCCGGAACAGGAGGAGCUUGUGGUCCGCAAGUGCCGGGAUAUCUACCAUGUCCGUCGAGAAUUGGCCUCCCUUCACAUUCGAAGUCAGCGUGAUGAUGUGGUUGAGGAUUGUGUGUACGACUACGGCCUGGGAGAGGAUGAGGGUGACCCUAACCGGUCGAUUGAACUACCUACGCCGGAGGUUGUAGAGGCGUGGCAGCGCAGAGCUGACUCACUGCCUGAUGAAAUUGCUGUUAUCCAGCCAUCCUCCGACAUAGGGUCUGUUGUCUUGACAUCAGGCGCUGUGCCUAUCCUGGAGCCAGAACUCAGGUAUAUCAUAUACGUCACAUUCACUCACAGCAACGAAAGUCCCUUGACGUUGCAGAUGAUUGGGCGCGCUUUCACUGCCGCGAUCCUGGAAAGCCUCCCUGAAGGAAAGACAGUAUACUUUGAAUUUUAUUCGGCCCCCAACAAGUCAAUAGGCGCCACUCUGUCGUCUCAUCGAGAAUUAAUGAAAUCGCGACCCGAGAUGGGAGUGGCCGUUUCCCCGACCUCUUUAGGACAAAGUGCCCGCAAGUUUCCACAAAAGGGGUACAACCGCGAAAACCCCAGGCACAGGGAACCCUACCAGACUUUUUUUGUGGUCCUUGACCGCCCGGACUUUCUCACCGGCCCAGGGGUGUUGUUUUUCUUGACAGAUGGAGAUGAGAUUACCGAUGAGGCGAUGCGAACCGUGUACAAAUUAUAUAUGGAAUGGGAGCAACCUGGCGAUUACGACAUAUUUCGGGUUUGGCGCAGCAUAGGAAUCCACGAGGCGGCACUAAGGCUGGCAAUGAUUCAUUGAUUUCUGAUUGGACAAGCUUCCUGUAGUCAUUAUUGCACCAUCUCCUGUGCUCCUUGAUCUCGAAUUACCCCCAUCCCUCGUUGGGUCUCUUUCGUUCUCAGUCUCUCUCCCUGGAUCUUCCCUUGUUCACCUGUCCACAUACAAACGCUGCACUCCAACGCUGCCCACAUGGCGCCCAUAAGCCCAGAGAACAAAUUUCUCAAACAUCUUUUGGCUAUCCUCGGUAUUCUCAAGGGGGGACGUCCUUUAUUUUAUUCCCUGCCUCAAGUGUUGUCAAUUACACCCAGUCAUGCGGUGCAGCGCUUUUAUCAAACAUCACUGCUUGUGGUGCUGUUGUUCCGGCCUUUUCUCCAAGUGAAACAUACAGCGAAACAACAUUGAAGUCAUUCUGCACUACCGAAUGCAGCAUUGCACUGGUGCAGUGGACACAGGCUGUUGACAGUGCUUGUGAUGGGGUGAUGUAUGUAGACGAUGCUGGGGCAAUUCUAC